UCAGACGUGUGUAUGGUGUUUGAAGUUCUUGGUCAUCAUUUGCUCAAGUGGAUCAUCAAGUCUAAUUAUCAGGGUUUGCCGUUACCCUGCGUCAAGAGCAUCAUUACACAGGUUCUGCAGGGCCUCGAUUACCUUCACAGUAAGUGUAAGAUCAUCCACACGGACAUCAAACCGGAGAACAUCCUCAUGUGUGUGGACGAGGCUUUCGUGCGCAGGAUGGCGGUGGAGGCCACCGAGUGGCAGAAAGCCGGAGCGCCGCCGCCGUCUGGAUCCGCUGUCAGCACGGCUCCUCAACUCCAGCAGACUGAGUUUAGUGGAGCUCAGAUUAGAGACAGACUCGUGUCGCUGCAGUGGAAAAACGAGUUUGACGGUUGCCAACCACCAUUACAAAUGAAACACUCUUACGAGGUCAGCAGAGAGUCAGUGCAAAAGAUGAAACAGAAAGCGGUGUCACAUGACCGCAAAAAAAGUUCUUGUCCAAGUCUUUCAAUCAUGGUAGAUGAUUUUGAAAUAGACCCACCUUAA